GACAAGUACAGUAUAAAUGUUUAUUACCGUGGCACAAUAAGAUGCAUUGUAACAACUGGUGUUGUGUCAUUAACUGAAGAAGCAAAAGAUGGAUCAUCAUAGAAGAAGAAUGGCUUCAAGUGCUUCAAAGUUCAUCAAAUGUGUAACUGUUGGUGACGGCGCCGUUGGUAAAACCUGUAUGCUCAUCUGCUACACCAGCAACAAAUUCCCUACUGACUAUGUACCAACGGUUUUUGACAACUUCAGUGCAAACGUUGUAGUUGAAGGGACUACUGUGAACUUAGGGCUAUGGGAUACUGCUGGGCAAGAAGAUUAUAACAGACUAAGGCCUUUAAGUUACAGAGGAGCAGAUGUUUUCGUCUUGUCUUUCUCAUUGGUUAGCAGAGCUAGCUAUGAAAAUGUUUUUAAAAAGUGGAUCCCUGAGCUCCAACACUUUGCUCCAGGAGUUCCAUUAGUUCUUGUCGGUACCAAAUUAGAUCUCCGUGAGGAUAAGCAUUAUCUGGCUGACCAUCCUGGACUAUCCCCUGUAACUACUGCACAGGGAGAGGAGUUGCGUAAGCUAAUAGGUGCAACAUAUUACAUUGAGUGUAGCUCAAAAACUCAACAGAAUGUGAAAGCUGUUUUUGAUUCCGCAAUCAAGGAAGUGAUCAAACCGGUGGUUAAACAAAAGGACAAGACAAAGAAAAAGAAGAAGCAACAGUCGAAUCACCACGGGUGUUUAUCAAACGUUCUGUGUGGGAGGAUAGUGACUCGGCAUUGAUGAUGAUAUGAUGACCUAAACUCUGUCUUAUGUUCUGUAAUUCCACUUUUGAGUUUGUAUGAUAAAUGAGACGCACAUUAUAUAUAUAGAUUGAAUCGUGUAAGAGAGUUAUUAGCCUCUACUUAAUCAAUAGUUUACAUGGAA